GAAGGGCGGGGUUUGCGUUCCCUCCGAAGAGCCUUCUCGAGUGGCGGGCGGUUGGCGUAUCCCGCGCGCUGGGCCCGCACCGGGGUCGUGUGUCCUUGGGGGUCGCGGGUCUCCUCGGUUCUGCACCCUCCAGACCCUUUCCUGGCCACAGCCAGCUGUGCCACCUCCCAGAGGUGUAUUUGGCGAGUAUCUAAUCUCUGCCUCCGUUUCCUCUUCUUUAAAAUGGCAUUCCGACCUCCCUAAGAGUGGUUUUAAGAGUUCAAUAAAAUGAUUGACAACAGACCUGGCACGGGGCAGGAGACGUGCAUCAUUGAUAACAUUGGUUGUUGGGCUUCUUUUUAACUUUUCCAGAAACACAGUUCGCUGAAAGCUCCAGGGAACCUAGGAAGGGGUCAGAACUCCAGUUGUAGUGUCCCUGGCCUCUCUCGGAUCCCAGAAGGAACCCGGGCUCUACCCGAAUGCCUAGGAAUCUCCCCCCACCCGGCCCCCCACUCCUGGCUGUUGUCUGGGAUGUCCACUGGAAUUUAUGGAGGAGUUCUGAUUUCUCCCAGCCUCCUUUCCUUCCUCAACCUAGAUUUGACAAAAGCCGAGGGGAAAAGUCGGGAAUGAUCCUUUGGCCUGGCAGAAUUUAGCAUCCUUCCUUCUCCAAAUGCAAAGGUGCAUUUGGAUUUUUGUAGAGGGUCACAAAAGCUAUGUCGAUGAGCUAUGACUUUUUUUAAUAUUUAUUUUUUAGCUGUAGGUGGAUGCAAUACCUUUAUUUAUUUUUAUGUGGUGCUGACUAUUGAAUCCAGUGCCUCACACAUGCUAGGUGUGCUCUCUACCUCUGAGCCACAACUCCAGCUCAAGUUAUGUCUUUUUGAUGUGAUUAUUUUAGUUAUCUGCAAUGUAAUUGUAUUUUAUUUGAAAUCUUUAUAGUUCACAUUCUGAUUAUAGAAGCACUGUAGUUUGUCUUUUUGAGAAUGUUAUAUGUAUGAACUAAUACUUAUAUACUUGAAUCUGGAUUCUUUUAGCAAAUCACCUUUGACAUGUAUCCAAGUUAUUCUGUGUAUGAAUACUUCAUUUUUAUUCAUUGCUGUAUUUUGUGGAUAUUCCACAGUUUAUUCUUUUACCUUUUAAUUGGUAUUUUUUAUUCAGUUUUAAGCACUUACGAAUAGAUAUGCUGUAAAUAUUCAUGUACAGGUUUCUGUGCUUAUUUCUCUGAGGUAUAUAUAUUUAGGAGUGGAGUUACUGGGUCAUAUGGAAAGUGUAUAUUUAACUUUAUAAGAAGUUACCUCACUUCAGAAUAUCUGUACUAUUUUGCCUUCCCCUUAGUAAGAUAUGAGAGUUCUAGUUAUUCCACAUAUUCACCAACACUUAAUAUUGUCUUAGCCAUUCUACUAGUUGUGUAUCAUUAUUGCAUUGUGAUUUUAAUUACAUUGUGACUUUCUCUGAUGGUUAAUGAUCAGAUCUAUCUUUUCCUUUGCUUAUUUGCCAUUUUUAUAUCUUCUUUGCUAAAGUGUUUAUCCAUAUAUUGUGUCCAUUUUAAAUUGGGUUGUGUUUUCUUUAUACAUGAAUAACUAACUAUCCAAUACCAUUUGUUUGGUUUGUUUUUGUACUUCCUUUUAUUAGAUUGAUCUGUAUGUCCCUUCAAUAUUUCCAAGCUAUCUUAAUUAUUGUAGCUAGAUAGUAGGUCUCAAAAAUGGAUAGUUUAAUUCCUCAGUUUUUCCAGUGAAAAUCAUUUUAUCUAUUCUGGUUUCUUUGCCUUCCUGUGUAUGCUUUAGAAUAGCUUGCCUAUAUCUACAAAAAAUUCAUCUGGUAUUUUGAUUGGUGCUGAAUUAAAAUAUAAAUUUUUCAUAUCAGCAUUUCAUGUUUUUCUGCAUACAGAGCUUAAGCAUGUUUUGUUUAGACUUAUUCCUAAGUAUAUUAUGAAUUCUUUUGGAGUUACUAUAAGUUGUAUUGUUAUUAAAUUUUGGUUUUCAGUGGCACAUUGUUAGUGUAAGAAAUGUGAUUUUUGCAUCUACAUUGUAUUUUUAGACUUUGCUAAACACACCAGAAGGGCGGCUGCUGCUGUUUCUGCUGCUGCUUCUUCUUCUUAUUAUUAUUAUUACUAUUACUAUUAUUAUUAUUAUUAUUAUUGGUAAAUGGGGAUCUUCCACUUAGACAAUCAUGUUGUAUAUGAAUAGGAUCAGUUUUCUUUCAUGCUUUGUAAUCUAUAUGCGUUGGCUGGUUUUUAGAACCGUGUUGAUGAGUAGGAGUGGUUUGAAUGGACACCACUGUCUUGGUCAUAGGAAAGGCAUUUUUAGAAAUUCCCUUAUGUUUUUAGUUUUGUGAAAGUUUUGUCACAAAUGAAUGUUGUAUUUUCUUGUGCCUUUUCUGCAUCAACUGAUAACAUUUUUCUUCUUCCUUAGACUGUUUGAUUAGGUUGAUGAAUUUCCAAACAUUGAAGGAGUUUUUCAUUUCUGGGAUAAAUCCCACCUUCAGACAUGAUUUGAUGAGCUCAUCAAUGAGACAGGGUCUCACUGAGUUGCUUAGUGCCUCAUGGUUGCUGAGGUUGGCUUUGAACUCUCGAUCCUCCUGCCUCGUGAACCGCUGGGAUUACAGAGAUGAAGGGGAAAAAAUGUCACACCUGUGCUGAAAGAAGUGCUAAAGGAAGUUCUUUAGGCUGAACAGAAAUGAUACCACAUGGAAGCUGAGAACUUCAGAAAUGAAGAAGGAGCACCAGAAAUAGAAAUGGUGACGUUCAAGGACGUGGCUGUGGUCUUCAGUGAGGAGGAGCUGGGGCUGCUGGACUCUGCUCAGAGGAAGCUGUACCGAGAUGUGAUGCUGGAGAACUUCAGGAACCUGCUCUCAGUGGCACAUCAGCCCUUCAAACCAGACCUGAUAGCCCAGUUGGAGAGAGAAGAAAAGCUUUUAAUAGUGGAGGCAAAAAUCCAAAGAGAUGGAUAUUCAGGAAGCAGCAGUCAACUCAAGACAGAGAAUGUUCAAGAAGUGGGAUUAAGCUACUUUUCCCCCAAAGAGCUUUCUUCCUGUCAGACUUGGCAACAAGGUGCAGGCAGGUUAACCAGGGAUCAGGAUUCUAUGAAAAACUUUCAGUGUGACAAGAAUUUCCAGUUGCAAAAACAAGGUGAUUUUCUCUACCAGAUUUGGACAGAAAUGCCAAUUCAGAUUUCUGAAGAUGGGAACUACAUAUUGACUCGUCAUGUAGGGGAUAAUUCAAAUUAUGUAAAAAAUCAAGAAUUUCCAUCUUUGAGAGACCAGCAGUAUUGGAGGAAAAUGUAUCUGACAGAGUCACAUAAUUAUCAAUGUAAAUGUCAACAAAUUUCCACAAAAAAUAAUUCCUGUAGGUGUGACAGUGUCAUAUGGAUCUCACAUCACAAUGAUAAUCUGAAAGUACACAGAAGUGGAAAAGGUGGCAGUUGUCAUGACUGUGGAGAAGAUACCAUGAAGGCAUCAUUAGUUCAUCAGGACUCAGUUCAAACAGGGCAGAAGCUCUGCCCAUGUACUGAGUAUAGAAAAGCCUUCAGCAGUGACUGCAAUUCUCAAGUUAAUCAGCAGUUCCACUUAGAAGGGAAGCCCUGCACAUAUAGUCCAUGUGGAAAAGGCUGUAGCUAUAGGUCAAUUCUUCAUCUACAUCCAAGUGUUCAGAGGGGAGAUAAAGAUGUUGGUGAGAGUUCACAUCUGCAAUCUCAUCAGAAAGAGUGUACAGAGAAACUAUGCAAAUGUUCUGGAUAUAGAAAGAAUUUUAAUAAUUUCUCUUCUGUAAACACCUUUGAACUUAACCACACAGGAGAAACAUCCGGGAGGUACAACCUUUAUAAGAAAUCCUUCAGUUAUAGCUUAGACCUUAAAAGCAUUUUUAGGGUCCAUACUAGGGAGGAACCCCAUGAUUGUGAGAAGAAUGGGAAUAUUUUAAACCAGAGUUCAUGUCUUCAAGCUCAUCAGAAAAUGCAACCUGCAGAGAAACUAUACACAGGUGUGAAAUAUGGGAAAGAUUCCAUUUGUAGUUCAGAUCUUAGCGUUGAACAUAGAGUUCACAUGGAAGAGCAUCCCUAUAAUUCUAAGGAAUGCAAUAAUGACUUCAGUCUGGCUUCACAUUAUCAGGACUUUCAGGUGGUCUAUCCUAGGCAACAGCCAUAUAAACACUAUGUAUGCAGUAGCAACUUCAGUCACAACUCACAUGUUCAAGGCCAUCAGAAAAUUCACAUUGGAGAAAAACCUUAUAAGGAUUGUGGAAAUGGCUUCAACUGGAGUUCAAAACUCAAAGAUCAUCAGAGAGUCCACACUGGACAAAAGCCGUACAAAUGCAAUGUGUGUGGCAAAGCCUUCAGUCAUAGAUCCGUUCUCAAUGUUCAUCAGAGAGUCCACACAGGAGAGAAACCUUAUAAAUGUGAGGAGUGUGAUAAGGGCUUUAGUCGGAGUUCAUACCUUCAAGCCCAUCAGAGAGUCCACUCUGGAGAAAAACCAUACAAAUGUGAGGAGUGCGGGAAGGGCUUCAGUCGGAACUCCUACCUUCAAGGCCAUCAGAGAGUUCACACUGGAGAGAAGCCAUAUAAGUGUGAGGAGUGUGGGAAGGGCUUCAGUCGGAGUUCACACCUUCAAGGCCACCAGAGAGUUCACACUGGAGAAAAACCAUUCAAAUGUGAGGAGUGUGGGAAGGGGUUCAGUUGGAGUUUUAAUCUUCAAAUUCAUCAGCGGGUUCACACAGGAGAAAAACCCUACAAGUGUGGAGAAUGUGGUAAAGGCUUCAGUAAGGCCUCAACUCUUCUGGCCCACCAGAGAGUCCACACAGGAGAGAAACCAUACCAGUGUGAUGAGUGUGGGAAGAGCUUCAGUCAGAGAGCAUACCUUCAAAGUCAUCAGAGUGUCCACUCUGGGGAGAGACCAUAUAUAUGUGAGUUAUGUGGGAAGGGCUUCAGUCAGAGAGCAUAUCUACAAGGUCAUCAGAGAGUCCACACAAGAGUGAAACCAUAUAAAUGUGAGAUGUGUGGAAAGGGCUUUAGUCAGAGUUCACGCCUUGAAGCACAUCGGAGGGUCCAUACAGGAGGGAAACCAUACAAAUGCGAGAUGUGCACGAAGGGCUUUAGUGAGAGCUCACGCCUUCAAGCACAUCAGAGGAUCCAUACGGAAGGGAGACCCUACAAAUGUGAACAGUGUGGUAAAGGUUUCAGUGGGUUUUCAAGUCUUCAAGCCCAUCACAGAGUCCACACUGGGGAGAAGCCAUACAAAUGUGAGGUGUGUGGAAAGGGCUUCAGCCAGAGAUCAAACCUCCAGGCUCAUCAGAGAGUACACACAGGAGAAAAGCCGUACAAAUGUGAUGCAUGUGGUAAGGGUUUUCGUUGGAGCUCAGGUCUUUUAAUUCAUCAGAGAGUCCAUAGUGGUGACAAAUUCUAUAGAAGUGAAGAAUUUGAUAAGGAUUAUCCUGCUGCAGAAAAUCUACACAGAAAUGAAGGUUUGUAAAAUUUCUGGUUUGUAUUGAAGUCCUCAAAGGGGAGAUGAAAUCUCCUAGUCAUUAGAGUUCUUUUAGUGGGCAGAAAAGCUUUUUACAGUGAAAAUGUAAUUUCCCCCCAAUAUCAACAUUUAUGAUGGUUAGGAGAUCAGACAGCAAAGACCUCCAACAAUAGGGGCUACUAACAGAUUUUGUCAAAAAUUUUAAAAAUCAUUGAACCAGAAGCGAGGGCUUACAAAAUAUGAGAGUGUGGUCAGGAAUUUAACAGAAGUAUAAUGGUCAUCAUGCCUGACUCCAUGCCCAGUAAGAUGUAAACCCCAUGAAAGAAGGGAAUUUGCUCAUUGCUGAGUCUACAAAAUCAUGACAUUUCACAACUUGGAGUAGGUGCUCAGGAUUUUAUGCUAAGUGAGUAAAAGUAUAUAAAUAUACAUAAUAUUUGAAAAUUUUAUGAAGCUCAUUUCAAAAACUUUCGUUUAAAAAUGGAAUUGGAAGAAUAAUUCUAUAACUAAUCUUAGUAUCACUUCAAGUAAAUAUUUGAAAUAUAGAAUAUCAGACAAUAUUGCAAUUUGAAUUAAUUUGAAUUUGGUUGUAGCCCUUUUAGGACUGGUUCCCAUAUUUCAUCCUCUUAAAUGGGGGUAUGCAGAAUUUCUUAAUAGUUGUUCUCUUUCUAUACAGCAUACUCAAUUUCCGUUUAGCACCCUCUCCCUGUCUCCCCUCCUCCUACUCCUUCUUCUGCCCCCUUUCCCUGUGUGUGUGUGUGUACACAAGUGUGCACUUUAAAUGACAAUACAAACUGAUAAAUUGUUUCUGGUUAACUUUGCAAAAACAGAAUGCUGCAUUUUACAUAAUUGAAUUCUUACUUCUGCCCUAUGUUAAGGCAGAAUUUUACUGUAACAUUUGGAAAGUGUCAGUAGUGAUUACUGAUGACAAAUACAUUUAAAUAAAUGUCAGAGUUAUAAUGGCUUUUUUUUUUUUAAACUCUCCAUAUUUCCAUUAAAGUCCAUUUGAUCUGA